UCCUGCUCCCCCACACGCUGACGCUUCUAAAAAAAUCCCUCCCGCUCCUACCGCCACCCCCUCCUCCGCAUCGCGCGGCCCAGGCCACGCGCCGCCGCCAUGGCCGCCGCCUCCCUCCUCGAGGCCACCCGCCUCCUCUCCUUCCCCCUCCCGCGCCCGCGCCCGCUCCCGCCCUGCCGCGGCCUCCAUCUCCUCCUCGGGCCCCCGCGCCUCCCCGCCGCCAUCCGCGCCCGCUGCCUCCCGCCUUCCGCCGCCGCGAAGGAGGGGCCGGCGAGGCUCCACCACGCGCUCAGGAGGUCCGUCAUCGACUCCCUCGCCGCGCUCCACGCGCUCAGGAGGUCCGUCCUCGACUCCCUCGCCGCGCUCAAGAGGCCCGCGCUCGCGCUCCUUCUGGCCGGCGCGCUGCUCGUGGCGGCAUCGGCGGGCCCCCAUACGGCGUUGGCCGCCUCCGGGGGCCGCGUCGGUGGGUCCGCCUUCUCCUCUCGGUCGUCGUCCUCGUCAUCGUACGGGUACACAGCGCCGGCGCCGAGGGGCGGGUACUCGGCCGCGCCCUUCUACUCGCCCUCGCCAUUCGUCUCCGUAGGCCCGGCAGUCGGCAUCGGAUUCGGGGGCUCCGGGUUCCUCCUGACGCUCAUGGGGUUCGCGGCGUUCCUUUACCUCGCCGGGUUCCUGUCGGACUCGUCCAGCGGCGGCAGUGUGCUCACCGAGACGCAGAAGACUACCGUCCUCAAGCUUCAGGUUGGCUUGCUGGGCAUGGCCCGAUCAUUUCAGAAGGAGCUUGAUCAAAUAGCUGAGAAAGCAGAUACAUCUACCCCAGCUGGGUUAAGCUAUGUGUUGACAGAGACAACAUUGGCUUUACUACGGCAUCCAGAUUGCUGUAUCUCAGCUUACUCAUCAGUGGAUGUGAAACGAAGCAUGGAUGAUGGGGAGAAACGUUUCAAUCAACUAUCAAUUGAGGAGAGAGGCAAGUUUGAUGAGGAGACACUUGUGAAUGUGAACAGCAUCAAGAGGAAUAAAGCAGGCAGCCAAAGAUCAAGUGAUUUUAGCAACGAGUACAUUGUGAUAACCAUAUUGGUUGCUGCUGAGGGAGUACAUAAGCUACCUGUUAUAAAUAGCAGCAAUGAUUUGAAGACAGCUCUACAAAAGCUUGGUGCCAUACCGUCAAGCAAAAUACUGGCAGUCGAGGUCCUAUGGACUCCACAAAAUGAGAACGACACAUUGUCAGAGCGAGAGCUCCUUGAAGAUUACCCGCUUUUGAGGCCUCUAUAAAACAACAAGUUGCAGGUUUCCCCUGUGAAGAAAGAACAGGUUGUAGAUUCAGUUUUGGCGGUUAUCUUAUUAACUAUAGCACAGGUCUUGUAUUGGUAAAAAUAUAAUUUGUAAUUGACAUCACUGUUAGCAGGCAACAUAAAAGUUGGCCUACAUGGCAGAACCUGUAGUGCAAUGCAGUGCAAUUGUAUGCUGUAGUCUUGUUCAAUGUUCCUCACACAAGUUUGUAAAUAGAUUGUUACAAAUGUACAUGCGAGUCUACAUUUGUGCUUA